AAGUACGACUGUUGUGUAUCCGGCAGUUAGCCUCGUCCUCGCCGUUGAUGAAACGAUGGCCAGCAAUUCAAAACAACCACCGAAAAUUGUCUCCAAAUCAUCUGCGGGAGGCGCCGGGGCGGCGGGGGUCGGCGGUGGCCCCCCGAUAAUGCCCCUCGCCUCUCCGCUCAUGGGGAAAAAGAAGAAGCCGUUUCUGGGGAUGCCCGCACCGCUAGGCUACGUCCCCGGUCUGGGCAGAGGUGCAACUGGUUUCACCACUCGAUCUGAUAUCGGUCCUGCUCGUGAUGCCAAUGAUCCAGUGGAUGACCGACAUGCCCCUCCAGGGAAAAGGACAGUUGGGGACCAGAUGAAAAAGAACCAGGAUGAUGAUGAUGAAGAUUUGAACGACACGAACUAUGACGAGUUCAAUGGUUACGCAGGUAGCUUGUUCUCCAGCGGGCCCUAUGAGAAAGAUGACGAAGAAGCAGAUGCUAUAUAUGCAGCAUUGGACAAGAGGAUGGAUGAAAGACGGAAAGAAAGAAGGGAACUGAGAGAAAAGGAGGAGAUAGAGAAAUACCGUAUGGAGCGACCCAAAAUCCAGCAGCAAUUUUCAGAUCUAAAGAGGAAGUUGGCAGAGGUGUCCGAGGAGGAGUGGCUGAGCAUCCCUGAGGUGGGAGAUGCCAGAAAUAAGCGCCAGAGAAAUCCCCGCUAUGAGAAGCUCACCCCCGUCCCCGACAGCUUCUUCUCCAAACACCUGCAGAGCGGAGAGAACCACACCACUGUUGACCCUCUGCAAGGGCUGGGAGGUCUGAACACACCUUACCCAGGAAGCAUGACACCAGGGACAGGAGAGCUGGACAUGAGGAAAAUCGGCCAGGCCAGAAACACACUCAUGGAUAUGAGGCUCAGCCAGGUGUCUGACUCAGUGAGCGGACAGACAGUGGUGGAUCCUAAGGGUUACCUGACAGAUCUCAACUCCAUGAUCCCCACACAUGGAGGAGACAUCAGUGACAUCAAGAAGGCUCGUCUGCUUCUUAAAUCGGUGAGGGAGACCAAUCCUCAUCACCCGCCUGCUUGGAUUGCUUCUGCCAGGCUGGAGGAGGUGACGGGCAAACUGCAGGUGGCCAGGAACCUGAUCAUGAAAGGCACAGAGAUGUGUCCUAAGAGUGAGGAUGUGUGGCUGGAGGCAGCCAGACUCCAGCCCGGCGACACAGCCAAAGCUGUGGUAGCCCAGGCUGUCCGCCACUUGCCGCAGUCCGUCCGCAUCUACAUCAGAGCUGCAGAGCUGGAGACAGACAUCAGGGCCAAGAAAAGAGUCCUCAGGAAGGCCCUGGAGAAUGUGUCCAAGUCAGUGCGAUUGUGGAAGACAGCUGUUGAGCUGGAGGAGCCAGAAGAUGCCAGGAUCAUGCUUAGCAGAGCUGUGGAGUGUUGUCCUACCAGUGUGGAGCUGUGGCUGGCACUGGCCCGGUUAGAAACAUACGAGAACGCCCGGCGUGUCCUGAACAAAGCUCGAGAGAACAUCCCCACGGAUCGCCACAUCUGGAUCACUGCCGCCAAGCUGGAGGAGGCCAAUGGCAACACCCAGAUGGUGGACAAGAUCAUUGACAGAGCCAUCACAUCUCUGCGCGCCAACGGUGUGGAGAUUAACAGAGAGCAGUGGAUACAGGAUGCAGAGGAGUGUGACAAAGCAGGCAGUGUAGCUACCUGCCAGGCUGUGAUCAGAGCUGUCAUAGGGAUUGGCAUUGAGGAGGAGGACCGCAAACACACCUGGAUGGAGGAUGCAGAUAGUUGUGUGGCCCAUGGAGCGCUGGAGUGUGCCAGGGCAAUCUAUGCCCAUGCUCUGCAGGUGUUCCCCAGUAAGAAAAGCGUCUGGCUUAGAGCGGCCUACUUUGAGAAGAACAACGGCACCAGGGAGUCUUUGGAGGCCCUGCUACAAAGAGCCGUGGCUCACUGUCCCAAGGCAGAAGUCCUGUGGCUGAUGGGUGCCAAGUCCAAGUGGCUGGCUGAGGAUGUGCCCGCAGCCAGAAGCAUUCUCGCUCUGGCCUUUCAGGCUAACCCAAACAGUGAGGAGAUCUGGCUGGCUGCUGUCAAGCUGGAGUCUGAGAAUAACGAGUAUGAAAGAGCCCGUCGACUGCUGGCCAAGGCUCGCAGCAGUGCCCCAACAGCAAGGGUGUUUAUGAAGUCAGUGAAGUUGGAGUGGGUGUUGGGAAACAUAGAGGCUGCCCAGGAGUUAUGCACUGAGGCCCUGAAACACUACGAGGACUUCCCUAAACUUUGGAUGAUGAGAGGCCAGAUAGAAGAACAGUGUGAAAACAUGGACAAGGCCAGGGAAGCCUACAACCAAGGGUUGAAAAAGUGUCCCCACUCGGUGGCCCUGUGGCUGCUGCUGGCCCGUCUAGAAGAGAGAGUGGGACAGCUGACCAGAGCUAGAGCAAUCCUGGAGAAGGCACGACUCAAGAACCCCCAGAGCCCUGAGCUAUGGUUGGAGUCUGUGAGGCUGGAGUUCCGGGCCGGACUGAAGAACAUCUCCAACACACUGAUGGCUAAAGCCCUGCAGGAAUGUCCCAAUUCAGGUAUCCUGUGGGCUGAGGCGGUGUUUUUGGAGGCCAGGCCCCAGAGGAAGACUAAGAGUGUGGAUGCUUUGAAGAAGUGUGAACAUGAUCCCCAUGUUUUGCUCGCUGUAGCCAAAUUGUUCUGGAGCGAGCGUAAGAUCACCAAAGCCAGAGAGUGGUUUCUGAGGACAGUAAAGAUUGAGCCAGACCUGGGAGAUGCCUGGGCUCUCUUCUACAAGUUUGAGCUGCAGCAUGGCACAGAGGAACAGCAGGAAGAGGUGCGAAAGCGCUGUGAGAAUGCGGAGCCCCGCCAUGGAGAGCUGUGGUGUGCCGAGUCCAAACACGUCCUGAACUGGCAGAAGAAGACAGGAGAGAUCUUAGCAGGGGUAGCCAGCAAGAUCAAGAACACGUUCUGAGACUGGGGAAAUUUGGACUGAAAACACCUGGAGGACUCUGGCAGUCACCAGUGUAGCGGGAAACAGCUAUGGACAUGCUCAACUAUUGUUUUCUACCAGGACUUGCCCAUGUGCGGCAGAUGCAAAGUAUUCACACAUACCCUCACACCUUUUUCAAGGUUUAUUGUUUUAUAGAAUUGAAACACAGUUUGUGGAUUUAUCAAGAGAAAAUUACAAUUUAAUGUCAAAGUUGAAACAAAGCACCAAUGAAAAAACUCUAGCAGCAGUAGUAGGUUUGUGGAUAGUUCUGUGGAGCCAUUUCUACAUAGCUUUGAUUUCAUGUUUGAGGUAUUUGUCUUGCUGGGAAGUACUCCCAUAUCCUGCCUGCAGACUGCUGCAGGUUCUUCUCAUUUGACCCAGAGCCUGCAUCAAAGAAGAACCCCCACACUAUGAGGCUAUGGUUGCCUCCAUCGCUUCACGGUGGAGUGUUUCUGGGCGCGUGGCUUGCUUUGCUUGCCUCCCCAAGAAUUGUUUAGUAGGAUGGUGAAAAGUUCAAUUUCAGUCUCAUUAGACCACAGAACAUUCCUCCACUUUGUUUCAGUCUCCCACAUGCCUUCUGGCAAACACUAGCUCAGAUGUUACAUGAGCAGUUUGCUUCUCCUUGCAACACAAGCUGCACCUGGUGAAUCACCCGGGCAACUAUUGUUUGAAUAUUUUCCGAAUAACUAAAGAGACACACCUACUCCACUGAGGCAUGAAUCUGUAAAUCAACCUUUGGCACAGUUUCUGAAGGCAAAAUGUUAAUAUAUGGGUUCAUGAAUUAAAUGGUUGCAUCAGUGUUGAGCGUGCAACUGUGUCCUUUAAGCUUCUGAUGUAUGUUACAGCUCCAUCAGAGUUAUACUGUGUAACUCAUCACAUAUUAAGCAUCUCAGUAACUUUCAUGCACAGUAUCAGAUGUGUUUGUAAUGUUCCUUUGUCUGUGCAAAGUAGUUUUUGCCCUGAAAUCGAGCUGAUGAAUUUUCCAGAUGUGUAUGUAACCUAAACUUGCCAGUGUGCUGCUUGUUAGGUAGUAUCAAUUAAUUUGAGUGCAGGUGGUACAUGAGUCUGUAAGUAUUGGCAUUGAAUACAUGUCUGUUAAUGAGGGAGCAGCUGAGCUUUAAUUUCAUCUUCCGACAGCUUUCAAGUGGUCAGCCAAAACCAUACUGCAACCAGCACCUGUGUAAAAUACAUGUCACUGGUCUCUAUUGUUUGGCUCUACUGUUAGUCCACAUGGUAUUUUGUUUAACUGCUCCAAGAGCCACUGAUUCACGUAGGCAGAAGUGGCAUGCGACUAAGUUUUAGAGCACAUCCACUGGUCACUCCUUGGUUACACACAGGUUAUCUGCCUGCAACAUACAGUGUGAAUUCUGACAAUAAGUGGCUGCACCUGAAUGAUGUAGGUGUGUUAAAGUAAAUGGGGUCAAAGGUUAGAGGCAAAGGUUAGAGGUAAACAGCUGAUUUGUUUUAUAUUUGUACCAAAUUAGGAUGACUUUGUUGAUUUGUUUUCACUUUGACAUUAGACUAUGUUUCUGCUGGCGAGUGUUAAAAUUAUGAUUUCAUUUGUUGUUGUGAAAGUUGUAAAAUAAACCUGAACAUUAAAGGUCCAGUGUGUCGGAUUUAGGAGCAUCUAUUGACAGAAAUAGAAUGUAAUAUUCAUAGCUAACAGAGCGCGUCUUCUUCCACAGUGUCUGCUAUGUUGUUCUACGGUAGCCCAGAGUGGACAAACCAAACACUGGCUCCAGAUGCUUGGCUCGCUGAAGAGUUCCAGUUAGUUGCAGUGUGCAACUUCAGAGCUAGAUGCCACUGAACCCCACACACUAGACCUUUAAAUAAGCACUGACAGAAAGAUAUACAAAACAUUAUCAAGAAAUUGUUGAGGAAUUUUAUUUUCAUGUCCAGAUUUGUAUGUUUAGUCGUUGUAUAUAAACUCCCUGUCAGGGAUUAUUACUAGAUUUCUCAUGUGGUAUUGACAAUGUGCUUUUUAUAUAGCUUUUUUGAAAUGUGUUGAAAUACUUUGCGGGCAUCCAAUAAACAAAAUAACACAG